AGUCACUAAACGAACUGUUGUAAGUCGAGGACUGCCUGCGUUUCUAUUUCUUCCUGGGCAGUUCCGCCUUCUCGGGAGACAGAGUAGCAUUUCAAUCCAGUUGGUCGAAUGUUGCAAAUAACGUCCCUCCUUUUGCUUUGGGAGCUGCCGAUCCGAUGGUGGCGGCGGCGGCAGCGCCAGCCCUUGAGACUCACGCCGUGUCUUUCUUUUGCUGUUCCAGGCGGAGCCCCCCUGACUGAAGCGGACGUGCGCUCGGUGCGGAGCGGCUGUCAUGAUCUCUGCGGCACCUCUCUACAGCGGAGUGCAUAACUGGACGGGCACUGAACGGCUUCACACGUGCAGCCUCGAAGAAAGUCUCCCCUUUUCGCAGGUGGAGAUCACAGCGGUUUCAGGAAGCGGUGGGGGCGCCGAAGGGUUUGAACCGGAGGGCACCGUGGAGAAAGAAGCCGGCCCCCAACUCCGGGAGCAGGCCCACGAGCCAGACUGUGCCCAGAAGGCCUUGAAGGACAGCGAUGCCAAGGCUGGACAGCUUCAAGAGCCAGAAGAAGCACCCCAGCCGGACAAGAGCAGCCGCCGCAGCAGCCUGGACUGCCCGUUCGCCUCUGCUGCAGAGACGGCGGAGGUGACCCCCAUCUGCCCCAAGGCUCCGGAAAGCGAGCAGAUGGGAAAAGAGAAGGGUCUCCCAGCGCCCGCUGCUUCCGUCAACCCCAUCACUGCGACCAGCAGCAGCAGCUGCAGUACGGGGGCUCCGGCCGCCGCCACCUACACCCUGAAGAGCGUCUGUUUUUCGACCUCUCCGGCCCCCCCUAUGCAAAAAAUGUCCCUUUCCCUGCCGCCCGGAGCCACCGUCCUGGCUCCCAGCCAGCCACUGGUUUACCUUCCUCCUCUUUCCAACGCGCUGGGGGUCUCGCCCGCCCUUGCCCUCCCGGUCUUAUCGUCCUUCCCACAAGACCCUUGCCUGCCCGGCCUUCACCCCUACCCGUACACUUUCUCUGUGGGCAGACCCUUAGCGCCUGACCCCAAAGCUGCCUGUGUCGAGGCCGCUCAGUUAAGCUGCCCUCCUAAGCCUUCUGGAGAAAACAGUAGCACCCCCACGACCCCGGGCUCCGGCCCUCCCGCCAACGGCCCAGAACUGGUCUCCAGCACCCCGGCCUUGGCAGCCUCCUGCGCCAGCGUCGUCCCCCUCUCAGGUCCUGCCACCGUGCUGCCCCGAGUCCCAGAGCGGUUAGCGACAGGGGUCCUGGCAUCCAUCUCCCCGCUGAAGUCCCCCCCACAAUUGGAACGCGAGAUGGUCUCCUCCCCGGAAUGCAGCGAGAUGCCCCUGGACCUGUCCUCCAAGUCCAACCGCCAGAAGCUGCCUCCGCCGAGCCAGCGCAAGACUCCCCCCAUGCCUGUGCUGACUCCGGUACACCCCAGUGGUAAAGCGCUGCUGACACCAGUCUUCUCCAAGGCCCAGCGAGUGGCCCAGGCCGCGGCCUCGCCCUUCGUCAUCUUCCCGGAGCUGCUGCGCAACGGAGAGCAAAGCACAUGGGUGAAAAACCCCACAGCUUUCAUUGGCACCAUUCCGGGCACCUACAUGGGGGUGGCCAACCCGGUGCCAGCCUCAGUCUUGUUGAACAAGGAUGUCGGGGCCGACUUAAGCAGCAGGGACUCCAGGCAUCUUCCAAAGCAGGAGCCCAUCUGCAUCAUCGAUCAGGGAGAGCCCCGGAGUGCCGGGCUGCCUUCUGGAAAAAAAAAUGGAUCCGAGGGACAAGCGGACCCCACCAGGCGCACCCCGGCUCCUCCCUUACGCCCCUCCAAGGAGCUGUCCCUCUGGAACCCCAGCCAAGCAAACCUUUACUCUCGGUGUUCGCUCAACGGGAAGCCUGCCAGCCCGCAACUCCUGCCCAUCGGGUGGUCCCAUUACCACCCGGGCACCCUGCUUUCCAUAGGCAUCUCGGCGACGGCACAGCUGCCCCCCAAUCCAGUCGGGCCCUGUAAGACGCCCGGCCCCAGCGAACCAGCUGUGUUCCCUGCAGGGCAGCUGGCAGAAGCUACCCCGGUGGUCCAGAAGCCCCCCGAAGCCCCCUCCCAGGGCAAAGGCUGUAAGGCAGCCCUGCCCAGCACCGAGAGCCCUUUGUGCGUCUCGCCAGCUCUGCAGACCAACCCGCCGGAGGCGAAGGGCUCGAGGGGGCUCGAGCGACGGGAGACGGACUCGGCCGGCGAGAGCACUCUUCUGCCCCCGCCCGAAACUCCCCCGGAGGGUUGUGCCCACAAGCACUCCGCGGACCCCAAAGCGAAGAGUCCCUUCUUGCCUCUCCAUCCAGCCCACGCCCUGCCCUUAGCCAGCCACGCAAGCAUCCGGGUCACCGCCGAGUCGGCCUCUCCUGCUGAGAAACAGUGCCGGGAGCGGCGAGGGGACACUUCCCGCAAAGCCCCGAGUGUCGCGGUCCCUCCCUGUCCAGUUCACCAGGUGGACCUCAGCCGGAUCAAGAAGGAGCGGGUGGAGCCCGAACCCCCCUUUGCCUCGGCCACCUGCCUGCACACAGGGGCCACCUUGAGGGACCUUCCGAAAGCCAAGGUGAAGGGGGUGGCCCACAUCAAAGUCGAGGGGGGCUUCCCCUGCAAAUCCAAGCGGCACCACGAGGGGCCGGAUCGGCCAGCCCACAAGAAGCUGAAGUCGCGCGGGGGAGAAGAAUUGGGAUCUCCCUGCAAGGCAAGCAGCCAGAAUCAGCACAGCCGGAAGUGGCGGAAGCAUCACAGCAACCUCCAUGAGACCACGGAUGAUGGCCGGCUGGGCUGCGUGAAGGAGCGGGGAAACCUCCGGGCCAAGCGCAAACGCCGGAAGUUGUCCCCAGGCCACCGGGGCCACAGCUGCGAGGAAGGUAAGGGGCGCUCAGGCUGGGUCGUGCCCAUUCCCUCCCUCAUCCAGGGCUGCCCCACCUUCCCAGGAGCCACUUGGAAGAUCUGGUCAUUCUUCUUCAGUAGGUUGCCCCAGGGGGAUCUCUUUGGGCUCCCUGAGCUCUUCCUUGUGAUUUUCCUUCUCCAAAUACAUUUUUGUGAGGUUAUAAAGCAUUAUAAAAUACAAAAGCAACUGAGAGGACAGUGAAGAGGAAGGGCAAAAAGAAGAGCGAGGAAGGGUAGGGAAAGAAAAAGAAACAUGGACUCCUGACUCUCUUGGUUACAGUAGAAUAAGGCAUUCACAACAAAUCACAACUUUUUAUUUUACUGUAAUAUUAUCAACCAGUCAUUUCUACAAAAGUCUAUCAGUCUAAUCUGUGAAACCCAAAAUCAAAGUUUCAUUCUUUUCCACCUCGAGCAAGAAGUUCAGAAGCGGUUUCCACAUGGAAACAAAAGUAUUUCUGUUCUUUUCUUUGAGCGGAGUAGUCAAUUCUGACAUUUCAGCCAACUCCCAUCAGCUUCGCAGCCAUUCUUCCAUGGUAGGCAUCGAAGUGCCCUUCCAUUUUUGCGCAUACAUAGUCUUAACUGCUGUCAACAUAACGUAGUAACAAAGUUCCAAACUUUUUCUCCCAAUUCUCUUUUCCAUUAGACUCAAGAGGAAAAGUUCUGGUUUUGUAUAUAUCUCCCAUUUUCAGGAUUUUCUGUAUUAAAAUAUGAAUUCCUUGUGUUCUGACUUA